AUGAAAUUAGGAUACAAUGAAAUAAUGAUAACAUCAAUGUAUUUUAAUGAUAUUAAUGAUUUUAUUAAUUUAGAAAUAGGUGUUAAAAGAUUUCAAGGAAAUAUGGAACGAUUUCAUUUUAAUCCAAUUCCAUUAAAUGAAUAUUCAAGAAAAUUGUUUACUAACAUUGAAACAUUUCAUAUUUAUAAUGAAAAUGAUGAAAUAUUUAAUGAUGGAAAAAUAUUUAAAAAAGUAAUAUGGUAUCCAGUAGAAUAUUCAGAAUAUUUACAAGAGAAAGAACAAGGAAAUAUCUGUAAAAAUAUAGUAUAUACACUAUAUGAUAGAAAAUCAUAUGGAAAUACAAUACCAUCAGAAGUUAAAUCACUUGGAUAUCAGUGUUUUAGUUAUUGUAAAUCAUUAACAACAAUUAAUAUACCAUCAUCAAUUACUAAAUUGGGAGAUUGUUGUUUUAAUAUAUGUACAUCACUAACAUCAAUUAAUAUACCAUCAUCAGUUAUAUCAAUAGGAGAUGAUUGUUUUUAUAGAUGUACAUCAUUAACAUCUAUGAAUAUAGAUAAUCUACAAUUUAUUAGUGAAGAUAGAAUAUUUAUGAAUGAACCAGUGUUAAUUAGUAUUAAAAUACCAGAAAAUCUACAAAUAAUCAAUGGAAAGAAUAUUUUCAAGAAAGAUAUUAAUGAAUUUAUUAUUCCAUCUUCAAUUACUAAAAUAGGAUAUGAUUGUUUUUGUAGAUGUUAUUCGUUAACAUCAGUUACUAUUCCAUCAUCAAUUAUUAAAUUAGGAGAUGAAUGUUUUUAUGGAUGUUCAUCAUUAACAUCAAUUAAUAUACCAUCUUCAAUUACAUCAUUUGGAGAUGGAUGUUUUUAUGAUUGUGGAUGUGAAAAAGAAUUAAAGAAAAAUGAAAGAAUACCAAUAGAUUGUUUUAAAUGA